AAAAUUUGACAUUACUGACAAAAAUUUAGUUUAUUCAGUAUCUUUUAGACCAGCCUCCCAGUUACAGGACUACUUCCAGCUCCUUUUGCCCUCUCUCUUGCAAGCUGUGGAAGUCGUUCUAACAACAUAGCCGGGGGAAAAAAAAAAUAUUGAAAGAGAGACUUUCAUUUUUAUAAUCUUUCUUAAUGUUACCCCAUUUCAUAUUCUCUUUAAAAUAAGUGAGAUGGUAUCAUGGAUCAGUGGACCAUCACUCCGGGCUAGCCAUCUUGUAUGAUCGCAGAUAAUUUAAAGAGAAUACAUUUCUAUAUUCACCUUUCAGUUCACAGCCUUUCAACCAUGCAAAGCAGUUUGAAAAUAAAUAAAAACGUUUCACACUUUUUUUUUUGGGGGGGGGUGUGUGUGUGUGUAUGUGUUUGAAGUCCACGUAAUCAGAGUAUAAUCAAGACUGAAAGUGGGGGGUGCGAGGGUUACCAGUUUUAACAGAGCGUGUUGGAGGGAGAAAACGGGGGAAGUUUCCCCUCGCUGCGACUCCGGCGCCGGCCGCAUCCGAGCACCCGAGCAUCCUAGCGCUGUGCUCUGCUGCCACCUUGGCCGCGCCGCGGGACGUGCAGGCGGCCCCGCUCCGCGCCCGCGGAGCUCCCCGCUGCGCGCCUGUGGCAGCUCUCCUCCCGCCUGGGAAACCUCAGUCGGUCAGGUCUUGCCACGCUCUCCGCUCCUGUCACCCGCUGUUAUAAAUAGGACAGGGAUAUAUGCAAUGUCUGAAGGGUCUGCUUUUUUUUUUGGAGAGGGGCUGGGGGGGGGUGGGGGGGGGAACGCUCUUCAAAGGAGGUUUAUUUGAUUGUUGUGCUUAAAUUCGAAACUUAGAAAUGUGAGUGGGAGGAGAAUAGUUUUUUUUUCUCCCCGUUUGCUCACUGUAGGAUUAUUCUUCUUCCUUGUCCAGCCUUAUCUUGCACAUUUACUGAAGGGAGCACUCAGAUUCCCCUUCACACGCACCGACCUGCCUCCGUGUCCGUCCUGCUGCGUGGCCACUGGGGCUCUGGAAGGAGCUCCCAGCAGUCCAUCCCACGUCCGGGCUCUCGGUGUCGCUCAGCUGCAGUUAGAGGACCCCCCUCUUUUUUGGCGGGGGGAAGGGGGGUAAAGAAGGGUGACAGAAACAUCAUAAUUUACUGAAAAAAAAUAAUAUAAAUGGAUAUUAGAAAUCCAAUGGAGUUUGCUAAUUUCCUUGCUUCCCUCUCUACAUCUUCAUGUUACAGUGCUACAGCGUUGUCUUGACAUCAGUCUCCAAGCUGGUGGUACUGAGUUUGGAAAGCUUUCGUGCACUUCAUUUCAUCUUUGAAUUGCACAUGCUUUUUCUGUCAUUUUUAAGGCUCUCUUCUGCUUCGGAGGAACCAUGUUCUGACAUGCUGGAGUUUGCUGGUGGCAGGCCAGAUCCGGCAGAUAGCUGGUAUGAGGACUUUGCUGACUUCAGAAAGCUGAGUGUGACACCAGCAGACUUCAGUGAAAGGAAAUAUCAUCCCUCAAAGCAACUCAUACACAGACAACUUUUGGUAGCUUUAAAUUAACCUGUUGCUGACCUGCAAAGACACAGCUAUUGUUUCUUUCAGCACACAUGGAGGAAGGCAACAAACUUUGUAACCCUGGCUAAUAAGACUGUGGCUUUCUUGUCAAAAAUAGGAGGUAGGCCAAUUAUAAAAGGAUUGUUUUAUAUUUAGCCUCCAGGACUUUAACUCUGGGCUGAACACUGGACAUAAAUAGAAGUCAAUUUUAAUGACCUGAGAUUUUGCUACCUGUGCUUUAUUGUUAUUAGUUCUUUAACGCUUUGGUACUUUAUUUCUUUAAAUUAGAAAUGGGUUUGUGGACUAGAAUGUGGCCCACAGAUUGGGCUGUUCUUAUGAAAUCAUGGCUUAUCUUUUCCCUGGGGGUCUACAUGCAGGUGUCCAAAACUUUCGCCUGCCCAAAAGUGUGCCGCUGUGACCGAAACUUUGUCUACUGUAAUGAGCGAAGCUUGACCUCAGUGCCUCUUGGGAUACCGGAGGGUGUAACCGUCCUCUACCUCCACAAUAACCAAAUUAAUAAUGCUGGAUUUCCUGCAGAGUUGCACAAUGUUCAGUCUGUGCACACAGUCUACCUGUAUGGCAACCAAUUGGAUGAAUUCCCCAUGAACCUGCCCAAGAACGUCAGGGUUCUUCACCUGCAGGAAAACAACAUUCAGACCAUUUCUCGGGCUGCCCUUGCUCAGCUUUUGAAGCUGGAAGAGCUGCACCUGGAUGAUAACUCUAUCUCCACUGUUGGCGUUGAGGAUGGGGCAUUCCGGGAAGCCGUCAGCCUCAAGCUUCUGUUCUUGUCCAAGAAUCACUUAAGCAGCGUACCAGUAGGCCUUCCGGUGGACUUACAAGAACUUCGAGUAGACGAAAACCGAAUUGCUGUCAUUUCAGACCUGGCCUUCCAGAAUCUUACAAGUCUGGAGCGUCUGAUUGUGGAUGGCAAUCUCCUUACUAAUAAAGGCAUAGCUGAAGGCACCUUCAGCCACCUCUCCAAGCUCAAGGAAUUCUCAAUAGUGCGGAAUUCACUGACGUACCCUCCUCCCGAUCUUCCAGGUACACAUCUGCUAAGGCUCUACUUGCAGGACAACCAGAUAACCCAUAUACCACUUACAGCCUUUUCAAACCUCCACAAGCUAGAACGUCUUGAUAUUUCCAACAAUCAGCUUCGGAUGUUGGUAAAGGGGGUAUUUGAUAAUCUCCACAACCUGAGGCAACUCACUGUAAGGAAUAAUCCCUGGUUAUGUGACUGCAGUAUUAAGUGGGUCACUGAAUGGCUCAAAUUUAUUCCCGCUUCCAUCAAUGUACGGGGUUUUAUGUGCCAGGGACCAGAGCAGGUCCGAGGUAUGGCAGUCAGGGAGCUCAAUAUGAAUAUGUUGUCAUGCCCCACCACCACCCCUGGUCUGCCGCUUAUCAUCACCCCAGUCCCAGCUACAGCCAUGCCAACUACAUUAGUUCCCACCUCAUCCGUUCCUCCCCCAAGUAGCAAAUAUAAUCCUCUCACUCCCACCAUAGCCACACUCCCCACUGUGCCUGACAGGGAGGACAGAGAAAGGGUGACACCACCUAUAUCCGAACGGAUUCAGCUCUCCAUCCAUUUUGUGAAUGACACUUGCAUCCAAGUUAACUGGAUGUCUCUCUUUACCGUGGUGGCAUAUAAACUCACGUGGGUUAAAAUGGGCCAUAGUCUGGUAGGAGGAAUUGUUCAGGAACGAAUAGUUAGUGGUGAGAAGCAACAUUUAAGCUUGGUAAAUCUGGAGCCCAAAUCCACCUAUCGGAUUUGUUUGGUUCCCCUGGAUACUUAUAACAAUUACCGAACUGGAGAAGACACUGUCUGUUCAGAAGCCACAACCAAGGCUUCCUUUUUGAGCAAUGGCAGCAACAUCCCCUCCAGCCAUGAGCAGACGACUUCUCAGAACCUGGGCUCCCCGUUUCUGCUGGCAGGGUUGAUUGGGGGUGCAGUGAUAUUUGUCCUCGUGGUCCUGCUCAGUAUUUUUUGCUGGCACAUGCACAAAAAAGGGCGUUACACCUCCCAGAAGUGGAAAUAUAACCGGGGCCGUCGGAAAGAUGACUACUGCGAGGCAGGGACCAAGAAAGACAACUCCAUCCUGGAGAUGACGGAAACCAGCUUCCAGAUUGUCUCCUUAAAUAAUGAUCAGCUCCUUAAAGGAGAUUUCAGACUGCAGCCCAUUUAUACCCCAAACGGGGGCAUUAACUACACAGACUGCCAUAUCCCCAACAACAUGCGAUACUGCAACAGCAAUGUCUCAGACCUGGAGCACUGUCAUACGUGAUAGUGAGGGGCGAUGGGGGUGUCUAGGACAAAGAGAAAAAAACUCUGGAAAAAAUAACCCCCCAACAACAAUGAAAAAAAUUACAUUUGAUAAAUGUUACCCAGAUGCAUUUAUGCAUUUGAAUACUCUGUAAUUUAUACGGUGUACUAUAUAAUGGGAUUUAAAAAAAGUGCUAUCUUUUCUAUUUCAAGUUAAUUGCAAAUGGUUUUGUAACUCUUUGCUUUUUAAAUCUUUAAAAAAUAUUGCUAAGUACUGUACAGGGUUGUACAAUAAGAACCCAAUGUCAUGGCAAAGGAAAGAAUGACUCAUUCUUCAAACAUUAACCACUUUGCUGUCGAAGCUGUCUGAGGGAUGUUAAGUUUCUAGGUGUCCUGUAGUACAGGAAAAUAAGUGCAUAUUAAAACAGGGUCACUAGAAACGGACAAAAGCAAUUCAGAUAAAAUGGGUGCGACCCUCCUGACUUGAAUCCGGCAGUUGCUGUUGAGCUUCAAACAAUUGGAAAUACUUCCGUUCCCCUUUGUCAGUUCUGCAUUUCCUACCUCCGACUGAAAGCUGGAGUUCUGAGUGCUACCAAAAAGGCUACUUGUUUGAUUAGUUUUCUCCCAAUAUAUUAGGAAUAGGAAAGGUAGACAGAGCUCUAUGUCAAACUCAAAGUGACCUUGUUUCCAAUUUGCAAAAGCUACUCUGAAAAUGCCCCCCAACACUAUAUACUUUUAUGAUAGAAACCGUUCCUGCUUUUCAUUAUGAUUAAGAAGCUUUAGGCAUUCUCUGACCCUUCUCAGUGGGAGAUGAAGGUUAUCAGUAUGUAACAGAUAGCUGUCAUUAGGUUGCACCUCUCUUUAAUAGAGCAGCAUUUGUUGACACAGCAUGUUCAGGUAAAACCUGAAUGAGGGAAAUUCUGAGUAUUCUCAGCUCUGCGGUGUUCAUGUAGAAUUUGGAAUCUAGAAGUGUAAAUUGCUGAAAACAUGAUGCAAAAUAUGAUGCCAAUGGAAAGGUUGCUAUUGACUUUUAUGGCUGAAGCCCUGUUUGAUUUAGGGGUCUGAAUUAUGUUCAGUACGGAGAAGUAGGAAAAAAAAGACAAACAAACAGAAAAUGAGUAAGAAAGAUCUUAAAAAAAUUUAUUUAUUAUUGGAAAGGCCUUCAGGCCUAUUAUGGAUCUUAAAAAAAUUUAUUUAUUAUUGGAAAGGCCUUCAGGCCUAUUAUGAACUGGAAUAUGUUCAGUUGGGAAAAUCAUACAUAAAUACUGGAUUUUUUUUUUUUUAAUUUUUUUUUUUUUUUCAAGUAUACAGAGGCGGACACUAACUAAACGUUUGAUUAGCUGAGGAAUUUUGAGAACACAAGAACACACUGUCCCUCUGAAUUACCCUUCUUUUAUCUUAAGCUUUUGGAAUUUUUCCACAAUGAUCUGUGCUUUAUAAGCAGUAGGUGGGCUUAGAAUUUGCUUUUUUAUUCCCUCAGAUUCUUUAGCUGGAAUACCUUCUGAAUCCUUGGGCUUUACAUGCAGCAUGCGAAACAUCGUGCUUGUAUUUAAACCAUGAUGCUGCUCUCAAAAUGAUAUAAUGUUCCAGCCAUUCCAUUGACUCUGUGACUGCCAAGAACUGUGGAUUUCUUGCCAGCUCAGUGGUGGAGUCUAAUUCUUCCUUUCUUUCAGUUUGUUUGUUUGUUUUUUAAUGCAGCUCACUUUCUCCUAAGCUUGGGGACAAGCAAAAGUUCACAACAAAGAGGAAAAAAAAGAGAGAGACAAAACUUUCCUGAAGGAGUAGGGAACCAAAGAGAAAACCUUUUACAGUGACCAACUAGGGACAAGAAGAAGUUGUUAGAAAUGAAUUGGAAGUAAAGACUGAAGCACUUUCACUGUGGAAUGCUUAGACUUUUCGCUGCUGCUUAUGUUGGGAGAGAGGGUUUUAAUCCUUUCCUUUGCUCAUUUCACUUAACCCAUUCUUGAAACCCAACAGUCUAUGAGUGUGCAGUCACGCAAAUUCAAAUUGCAUGAUAACACUCAUUCUCUGCAAUGGCAAAAUGAAUCCAGUUAUGACUGAUUGCAAAGUACAAUCAUUGUGUAAGGAAAAACAUCCUCCCCCCAACACCUUUUAUAAUCACAUUUUGAAAUUCCACUCUAUAUUCUGUAUAUUUGCUAUUUUUUCCAGCUAUAACAGGUAUUUUAGGCAACCUGUGUGGCUACUGUAAUAGUAAAGUCACUGAAAUUUUGCUGAAUAAAAGGCUGCCAUAUGAUUUCAAAUGGUGUAAUUCUAGGUAGAAACGUCUAUGCAAAGUGUUUUUUUCUGUGACCUAUUUACUGAAGAUUAUGAUGAGAAGGUUGAUACCUUUCUUUCGUUUGUUUAAUAUGUUUUAGGUGCCAAAGCCCACAAGACAAGCAGCAAAUAGUUGUGCUUCUGCACGCUUCCAUUGCAUGCUGGAGUUUGUUUGAAAUUAAGUAGAGCCAGAGAUUCCCAUUGGGCGUGGAUGUAGUAUUUAAUUUCACCGAAAUAACUAGACGUAUGUUUGAUUUCAAAAGGCAUCCUUUGAAAGUACAUGCUUACUAGAAUUUUGUACUUCAAUGACUGAUGCUGAAGGAAUCUUUGUCCUCCUUGAUGAACAUCUUCUGUUCUAGGCCUCAGGAUACCAUAGUUUCAAGGUGAGCUAGGCGCCUUAUUUGUAGGAAAUGACUUAUUCAGGGAGUUCAGCCGUACUGCAGGUGAAUGAUCCACAAGUCCAAACUGAUGACAACAAAUGUGGUUACUGUCCUAAUAGGGGGAAAGCCGAAGGCAUUCACAAACUGUUCAUUUUGAUCUCAGAUGAUGAAAUGUAUAUAUAUCUAUCUGUGGACUAUGACUUGCUUACCUAGAUCAAAAAUCAAAACGAUAUUAAAGAUAGCAUAAUUUAUGCUUCUUUUCAGUAUGAAGAAGAAUAUAUAUAUAUUGAUAUGGGGUUCUGACAAAGUUUCUUUUCUAUAAAUACUCUUCUGAAAAAAAGUAGCAAGCCACUUAUACCAAAAUUUGUGGAUAGAGCUGGGAGUAUUAUCUAAACAAAUGCACAGUUGUAGUCAAGUGAAAGGUCAUGUUUUCAUUUGAAGAACGUUUCUCCCAAUUCUAAUUGCUAUCCAGCUGCAAAAGAGCUAAUGUAUUUCAACCUACAACAGGGUUUUUGACUUUUCAAAGUGCCAGUCACACAAACAGCUGAGACUUCAUUUCAAGUCACACCUAGAUAAGUACAUAACAGGCAAUUUUCACUAGGUAAAGUAUUUGGAAAAAGUAGAGUUAAAAAUGGACAAUGAUAUUUUGGCCAUGUGAAGUUUAAGAUUAGUAGCUUUUUCCUUGGGCUUCAUAAAAAUGCGUUCAUCUUCACUUAGUGCAAAUAUCUGACCACAGAUACUAGCUAAAUGCUGUAGAGCAGAAGUCCCAUCUGUGUGCAUAUGCAACUCAUCCAAAAUGUUCACUUCCAGGUCCUGAUUUGAACAGGUUCAUUGGACCUAGGGGCAAAUGUGUGGUUUACAGACAGAAUCUCAUCCAUCUUCCAUUGUAUUCUGCUAAUAUAGCUGACAUAAUGUACAGAAAGAUUUGUGAGUGGAAUAAAAUAAGAGUUUAAGUGAAAUUAUGUUGAAGCAGUAUCACAACACUGCUGUGUCCGGUGCUUGGAUUCCUUCUGGAGACCUGUUUAUUUACAAACAGGUCUCCAUUUUCACAGAUUCUGUCACUAUAACAAGUGUUCCUUGCAUGUAGCUUGCUGGCAGAAACAAACACCCGAUGAAUGCAUGGACUUUGUGUUAACAGGUUCUUAUUGGAGACAUUAUUAUUGAAUUUGUUCAUAACAAUAUUUAGGGUUUGGGUUACUUUGGACUGAAAAGAUAUUAGCAGUUUUCCCUGUAAGCCAAUAAAAGACUACAAUGAAUGUCACGUAAAACAGAAAAAUGAAGCAACAUAUGCUAUUUGCUGCUACAGUAGUUCAACUAUACUUUUGUCUCAAUCAUUUUCUUUUUUCGUGAGAGAAAAUUUCUCCCUCUGAGAAAUGUAUCUAUUUUAAUUUUGCAAGCAGAAGAACUUUAUGUAUCUUAUAUUGUUGUUAUGGUUUUAAGGGUCUACAUAAGGCACUUUAUUAAUGACCUUGAAGUGAAAGUUCAGUCUCAGCUUUUGACAGUGAAGUGGUUAAUUCCCAUUGAAUUCUCCAUUUAUAGUACUUUUUCACCUCAAAUUAUAACAUGGAGAUAUUAAAGUUUUUUCUUUAGAACAUGAGAAUAAUGGUUUUAGUCAUGACCUAUCUUUCCAGCUCAGUGGAAAAACAAAACAGAAAUGAGUGCCAAAACCAAAAGUUACUGGCUCUGAGCCUCAUCAAAUCCUGCCUGAUGCUCUCUUUUAAACACAAAGAUAAUCCUAGGAAGCUGGUGAUCUCUCCUUCCCUGAACUCUACUGAACAGGGCACUUUGUAUCCCAGAUGAUACUACAGGCAAUAUUGAAGCAUUUGGCAUUAAAUGUUUGUACAGUAGAGAAUGUCUUGCUCUUUAGAAGGACACUGGCUAGUAGUCCAUCUGGAAAACUAGUAUGAAAGAGAUUUGGCGAGCUUUUGUUAUACUGGGGCUCUCUGGAAAUGUGCCUCAUAAGAGCUGAAUUCUGAUCCUCUCAGAUACAGAUAAGCUACUAAAAAAAUUGUUACCAUCACUUGGGCCCAAAUAUCUGAAGGUGAUCUUUCAUAAAAUUGAUUUUAACUGAGACAUGCACACUUGAUUCUGUUAUGUGUUUGGUAUACUUUCUAUCUUUAACAUGGAAAAAUAGAUGGUUUGAAGUCUGCAUUAUCUGUUUUCUGCAAUCUGCCAUGUUGCACGCAUUGUUAACUUCAAAACCUCACUAUACACUAUAUAUUAUCUUGUUGGCAUAUUCAGUAAAGAGUUAUUUAAAAAAAUACAACAAUCCUGCUGUAUUUAUAUGAGCAAGUUAAUUAAAAUAAGGAUGUGAAUAUCUGAAAGGGAAAACAGAAAAACAAAAAUAUCAAUCUUCUGUACUUUCAUUCCUGGAAAUAUUUUCAAAUGUUCUACUGUAUGUCUACCCUCUCUUCAGUUUCUAAAAAACAAAUAUUUUCAUCUUCUGUCUCUCAAAGAGUUAAACCAUUUGUUUUCAAUUUCUUAGGUUUGAUCUUAUCUUUAUAAAAUUAUCUCAUUCUGAUAUGCGUAUAGGAAAGCACUGUAAAACAAGAACAGAUUGUAUUUCGGUGUUUGCAAUUAAUAGGUACACUUAAGCAGCUACACACAUCUAUAACAAAUAGAUAUAUGUGGAAGCUGUGAUCCAUUAUAUGCAUAGUCAUUUGAUAAAGGCAUUUGACAUUCAUCCUUGACAAUCUUAAACCUGCUUUUAACCUAUUAUUAUCUGUUUCCUUGAAAUGAAAUGUGAAUUUUUUCAAACCCUCCCUUUGAAAUUGUUCUUGAAUUUUCAGAAUGCACAACAUUCAGACAUAGGCCUUAAUAAAUUUUUUUAUAUCUUAUACCUAACAUAUAUGGUAAUAUAUACAGUAUAUAUAAAGACAUGCU